AUGAUCAACAAGCUUGCCGCUGCCCUGCUUCCAUUUCACCGACGCCUGCUUUCUGCCUCGUCGUCGGCGGCUUGGACCCAGGCUCGCCGCCGCUUCGGCAGCAUGGAGACGGCCGCGGUGAGAUGCGUCGCCGGGGAGCCCCAGCUGACCAUCUCGUUCCGCAUGGACGGCAGCCAGAAACACAUGCAGCGGGAGCAGGACGAGCCGCUGGGGAAGGUCCUGUCCCGCAUCGCCUGCAAUUUCGCCAAGGGCAAAAACAAGGCGAAGAAGAAAAAGAGGAGCGCCCCGGAACCCGCAGCGGAGCCCGCCGUGGUCAAGCUAUACGUGGACGGUGGCGAAGUUCCUGGGACGGUGCUCAACGUGGAGGCGUGGCGUGAUGGAGCAGUACUGCAGGUGGGCGACGUUCGCUACUCGGUUCGCCGGAACGAGCCCACCUUCACUACCGCCGAGCUGCCGCUUUCGCUGCUGGCCGGCUUCCCCGUGUGUCCCAAGCUGGAAGUGGAGUUCGGAGAGUUGGACCACUGCGAGUUUACGUGGUAUAAGGAGACGGAGCCAAUCCAGAAUGUGGAGGGUGCCGGGGACGCGGACUCUCCGGACCGGUCCUGGACCGAAUCGGGGCGCUCCCGCGUCUACGUUCCCUCCAACCACGACAUUGGGCGGCGGCUAAAGCUGCGCUGCACACCCAAAGACGGGGACGGGCGCGCAGGGCCACCCACCGAGCUCUUCUCAGCCGGCUCGGUGGAGGCCGGGCCGGGCGUGUGCACCUUCGACGAGCGCCACGCCUACACGGCUGAGGAGGCAAUGUGGCCGCAGCUGCGGACCGUGUCCUACAACAUCCUGGCCGACGUCUAUGCGCAGACAGAGCUGUCCAAGACGGUGCUUUACCCUUACUGCCCCCCCUAUGCCCUGCAUCUGGAUUACAGGCAGAACUUGAUCAAGAAGGAACUGGCCGGGUAUCGCGCUGAUGUGGUCUGUCUGCAGGAAGUGGACAAAGGAGUGUUUUCAGACAGCCUGAUUCCUGCUCUUGAUGCCUUUGGCAUGGACGGUGUUUUUAAGAUUAAAGACAAGCAACACGAAGGGUUGGCCACUUUCUACCGCAGGACAAGAUUCAAACUGUUGAGUCGCCACGACAUCACUCUAAGCGAGGCGCUGACAUUGGACCCGCUCCACACAGAGUUACUGGAGAAAGUCUCGACAGACGAUGCCCUAAAAGAAAAGAUCCUGAAGCGCUCCACUGCCUUGCAGGUUAGCGUUUUGGAAGACCUCCAAGCAGGCAGAAAGGUGUGCGUGGCCAACACACAUCUUUAUUGGCACCCUAAAGGAGGGAAUGUGCGUUUGGUCCAGAUGGCCGUGGCUCUGCGGCACCUGAGUCACGUGAUCGGCCAGCUCCAAUCGGGAGCUCCGUUGCUCUUCUGCGGUGACUUCAACUCCUCGCCCAACUCUGGCGUCCUCCAGCUGGUCACCGAGGCGGCGGUCUCCCGUCACCACGCCGACUGGCAUGGCUCAGAGGAGGAUUCGCCGGCAUCUCCGUGGGCUGCUGACUUGACUUCACCGUUCCCGCCGCUGCUGAGCGCGUGCGGGCCACUGGCCUACACCAACUAUGUGGGCGGCUUUCAAGGCUGCCUGGACUACAUCUUCAUCCAGCCGCCGAGCAUGCGGGUGGAGCGGGUGGUCCCCAUGCCGGACCACCGCUUGGUCACCGCCUACACGGCGCUGCCCAGCGUGGCUCAUCCGUCGGAUCACAUCGCGCUGGUUUGUGACCUCCGCUGGGAAUGA